CUUCCGGCCGGGCGCAGGUCGUGGUGCACCGCCAGCGCGCUCACCGUCCGGUAUGGCGGAGUGCAGCGAUUCCCAGCCCACUCCAGGCUGCAGCGGUCUGGGCCCGGGCGGCGUUCGCGGCAGCGGCGGCGGUGCUCGAUCAUGGGCCCCCGAGGACGCCUGGAUGGGUACCCACCCCAAGUAUUUAGAAAUGAUGGAAUUAGAUAUAGGAGAUGCCACCCAAGUUUAUAUAGCAUUCCUGGUUUACCUGGACCUCAUGGAGAGUAAAAGUUGGCAUGAAGUAAACUGUGUGGGAUUACCAGAACUCCAGCUCAUCUGCCUUGUUGGUACUGAGAUAGAAGGAGAGGGAUUACAGACUGUGGUGCCCACACCUGUCACUGCUUCCCUCAGCCACAACAGGAUAAGGGAGAUCUUGAAGGCAUCUCGAAAAUUGCAAGCUGAUCCGGAGUUGCCCAUGUCUUUCACUCUGGCCAUAGUGGAGUCCGAUUCAACAAUAGUCUACUAUAAACUUACUGAUGGAUUUAUGCUGCCAGACCCUCAGAAUAUUUCCCUUAGAAGAUGAUAUCUAUACUUCCUGAUGCUCAUUUUAUUCGUAUGAUUGCUUUUGAGACUCAUCCGUCUGCUUCAUCUUUUAUCUCAGAGAUAGUCAAGGAUGACUUAGCUGGUCCCAUUCCGUAAGUUUUCUUUCCGAGGAAUAAAACUUUGCCAGAUAGAAGAAUUUUUGUUGUUGUUCAAAACUGUAGAGUGGUUGCUCUAGAACGCCUUUAUGUGGAGGCAGUUCA